AAGAAAGUUUCUUGAAUGUACGACACAAAUUUUUUGAGGGAUAGACCGGUCGAACCUACUCAAAAGGUUCAAGAGAAACGGUUAAAAGUGGCGGCAAACAAGGUUGUGGUGACCGAAGAGGCCGUGGUCGCUCCCAUGAAGUUGUAUAAUAUUUAUAGAGUAUACCACGUCAAGAUCGGAUACUGAAUCGGAUCUGAGGCUAACCCGACCCGACGUAUGUAAUUGAUUGGAUUCACCUGUUCUCCUCCCAUCGAGAGUUGGGUUGUUGUUGUUGGAGAGUGGUUUGUACGUUACCGGUGAGCUUAUUAGUUAUUUUUCCUUUAUUCUGCCAACGUGUCAUAAUUCAGUUUUUUUAUAUAGUAAACCGAAACUGAAAAAUAAUUUUAUCACUUAAGUAUCAAUAAUAUCAUUAAUAAUAAUUAUCUGAUACCAAAAAAAUAUGGCUGAAUUCUGAAAUAUCAUUAUUAGUUGGGUGCAUUUUAGGAAUUUGUGUAAAUUAUAAUGAUCGUGCACAACACAAUAAACUGGACAAAAUAGCAUUUGUUUAUUUUUCUUGCACGAAUAAUUGAAUUUAAGAAAAAAUAGAGAAAGUCAUUAUAAGCCAACGAGAGACAGGGCAUUGCUUAAUCCAGCUCAGUUUUCGUAUCUACUAUUCUCACUAUCUCUAUAAAAUAAUCGAGUCAAAAAAAAAAAUCUCUAUUAAAUAAUCGAAUUUCUAAUUCAUUAGAAAAGUUAAUCAGAAGAGUUCUCAUCUUAUUUGAUCAAUCGUAACAUCGUAGCUACCACAAGAAAACAUGACUCUAGAGGAGCAGAAGAAAGUCAUAGAGCCCGAGACCGUGGCAUCGGACCCAUCACCACCAUCCAAGGAGGAGAAGUCGGACGAUUCGAAAGCUAUUGUUCUCGUCGUCGCUGCAAAAGAACCUGCGGAAGAGAAGAAAGAAGGUUCAGUUCACCGAGAUGCUGUUUUGGUUAGACUCGAGCAAGAUAAGAGGAUAUCUCUCAUCAAAGCUUGGGAAGAGGCUGAGAAAUCCAAAGUGGAGAACAAAGCUCAGAAGAAGCUUUCUUCAGUUGGAGCUUGGGAAAACAGCAAGAAAGCUUGUGUUGAAGCUGAGCUUAAAAUGAUUGAGGAGCAACUUCUUAAAAAGAAAGCACGUUACACAGAGCAAAUGAAGAACAAAAUAGCACAAAUCCACAAGAAAGCUGAAGAGAAGAGAGCGAUGACCGAAGCUAAACGCGGAGAAGAUGUUCUCAAAGCCGAAGAAAUGGCUGCAAAGUACCGCGCCACAGGAACUGCUCCAACGAAGCUAUUUGGAUUGUUCUGAUCUAUAAGGAGAAAUGGUCUCUGAUGUUGCUUUAUGGUUUCAUUUGUUAUUUACUUGAGAAAGGAAGGGAUUAUUUGUGGGUUUAGUAGGUGGUUGCCUUGGUGUGGGUUAAAUUUGUCCAAAAAAAGAAAGUUACAUGGCCAUAAUGUAACGUCUUUCUUAUGUUUGGGCCGUAAUGUGUUUACUGUUUUACUCAUUGGCAAUUUGUAGAGAGCGGUCAUAAAAGAGCCAAUAAGGGUUUUUGAAGAUUUUUUAAGGGAAAAAAAA